AUGAGUGGGUGUACUUUUUUAGGAAACAACCUCGGAUAUGCUUUUAAAAAACUGUCUGUAGAAGGCAGUGAAAAAGAUAAAUCACAAACCGGUGUGAACAGAGCCAGCAAAGGAGGACUGAUCUAUGGGAACUACCUGCACUUGGAAAAAGUUUUAAAUGCACAAGAACUUCAAAGUGAAAUAAAAGGAAAUAAAAUCCAUGAUGAACAUCUUUUUAUCAUAACUCAUCAAGCUUAUGAACUCUGGUUUAAGCAAAUCCUCUGGGAAUUAGAUUCUGUUCGAGAGCUCUUUCAGAAUGGCCAUGUCAGAGAUGAAAGGAAUAUGCUUAAGGUUGUUACUCGGAUGCAUCGAGUGGCAGUGAUCCUUAAACUACUAGUGCAGCAGUUUUCCAUUCUGGAUACAAUGACAGCCUUGGACUUCAAUGACUUCAGAGAGUACUUAUCUCCAGCAUCAGGCUUCCAGAGUUUGCAAUUCCGACUACUGGAAAACAAGAUAGGUGUUCUUCAGAGUAUGAGAGUCCCUUACAACAGAAGACAUUAUCGUGAUAACUUCAGAGGAGAAGAUAAUGAACUGCUUCUUAAAUCUGAGCAGGAAAAAUCACUUCUGCAACUAGUGGAGGCAUGGCUGGAAAGAACACCAGGUUUAGAGCUACAUGGAUUUAAUUUCUGGGGAAAGUUUGAAAAAAAUAUCAUCAAAGGCCUGGAAGAGGAAUUUACAAGGAUUCAGGCUAACGAAGAGUCAGAGGAAAAAGAGGAACAGAUGGCUGAAUUUCAGAAACAAAAAGAGGUGUUACUAUCCUUAUUUGAUGAGAAACGUCAUGAACAUCUCCUUAGUAAAGGUGAAAGACGAAUGUCAUACAGAGCACUUCAGGGGGCAUUGAUGAUAUAUUUUUACAGGGAAGAACCUAGGUUCCAGAUCCCUUUUCAGCUGCUGACUUCUCUCAUGGACAUAGACACACUCAUGACCAAAUGGAGAUACAACCACGUGUGCAUGGUGCACAGAAUGCUGGGCAGCAAAGCUGGUACUGGUGGGUCCUCAGGCUACCAAUAUCUGCGCUCAACUGUGAGUGACAGGUACAAGGUGUUUGUAGACCUAUUUAACCUUUCAACAUACCUGGUUCCCCGACACUGGAUACCAAAGAUGAACCCCAUCAUUCACAAAUUCCUUUACACGGCUGAAUACUGCGAUAGCUCCUACUUCAGCAGUGAUGAAUCUGAAUAA